AUGGCCACCACUGUACCUGAUGCAGUGACCGGGCCCGUCUUCGCCCUCCUCAUCAUCUCCAAAGCCGGCUCGCUCAUCUAUCACCGCACCUUCCCGACCACGACCCCGGGCACCAGCGCCGGCAGCCUAACGGGCCAGAGUCAAGCGCAGACGGUGGGCACGCUGGGACUACCAGGCACCUCGACGCUCACCACGAACGACUACCUCGUGCUGGCCGGCACGUUCCACGGCGUGCACGCAAUCACGCGCUCCCUCACCCCCAAGCUCCCCGUGACGUCCUCCUCGGGCACCGCACCGUCAGGGAGGAACUGGACGUACCCAGACCCGACCGUGCCGCCGUCGGGCAUCGAGUCCCUCGAAUCCUCAUUCUUCCGCCUCACGGUCUUCCAGACGCUGAGCGGGACAAAGUUUCUACUCUUCACCGACCCGAGCAUGCCCAACACGGACGUUCUCAUGAAGGGCAUCUACGAGCGGUACGCCGACUACGUGUGCAAGAACCCCUUUUGGCAGAUGGAGAUGCCUAUCAGGAUUGAAGCGUGGGACAGGAGUUUGGGCCAAUGGUUGACAAGGCGAUGA